GCUGCAAGUCAUAGAAAAUAUGUAAUACUCAUAAAUAUAUCGGGUAAUCCAUUCUCUACUUUGAGUUUUAACGUUGUUAUUAUUCAUAUUAUUUCUCAUUUACACUAGCGAUGCGAAUUUAUAAACUUAAAAACAUUGAUAAGAAACCCAAACUGAAAAUUCAAAGAGGGAAAAGUAGUUAAAUUGCAAGCCCUUGCUUUCCUAGCAAAGGAACCAAAAACACCCAUAAAAAUUCAAUAGCAGCCACGCCGGUGGCUGUUUAACUUGAUAACUGGUGCUGCAAAUAUAAUUUGCAAAAAUCAAUGGAGGAAGCCGACACGAAGGCCAAAAGGACUCUGGCUCGCCUUUGUGGCUUCUGCAAUCAAAGAAGAGCUGCUCUUAGAAGACCUAAAACUCUAGAGCAGAUAUGCAGGGAGUGCUUUUAUAAGGUAUUUGAAGAGGAGAUACAUCAGGUAAUCGUGGAUAACCAUCUAUUCAAGCCUGGUGAGCGUGUUGCUAUUGGUGCCUCUGGUGGAAAAGAUUCUACAGUCCUUGCUUAUGUAUUAUCAGAAUUAAAUCGCCGGCAUAAUUAUGGUCUGGAUCUCUUCUUAUUGUCAGUUGAUGAAGGCAUUACUGGCUAUAGGGAUGACUCCCUUGAAACUGUCAAAAGAAAUGAAAUUCAAUAUGGGUUGCCUUUGAAGAUAGUUUCCUACAAGGAUUUGUAUGGAUGGACAAUGGAUGAGAUUGUGAAGAUGAUUGGUUUAAAGAAUAAUUGCACAUUCUGUGGUGUUUUUCGUCGCCAGGCCCUUGAUCGAGGUGCAGCAUUGUUGAAAGUAGACAAGGUUGCUACGGGACAUAAUGCAGAUGAUAUUGCAGAAACAGUUCUUUUGAAUAUAUUGCGAGGUGAUAUUGCUAGAUUGAGUAGAUGCACUUCAAUAACAACUGGUGAAGAUGGACCAAUUCCAAGAUGCAAGCCUUUUAAGUACACCUAUGAGAAGGAGAUUGUGAUGUAUGCUUAUUUCAAGAGGCUGGACUACUUCUCUACUGAAUGCAUAUAUUCUCCAAAUGCAUAUCGUGGUUUUGCUCGCGAGUUCAUUAAAGAUUUGGAGCGAAUGAGACCAAGGGCAAUACUUGACAUCAUCAAAUCGGGGGAGAACUUUAGAAUCUCCACUAAUACAAAAAUGCCAGAGCAGGGAACUUGUGAACGCUGUGGUUACAUUUCAAGCCAAAAAUGGUGCAAAGCUUGUGUUCUGCUUGAGGGACUGAACCAGGGUUUGCCUAAGCUUGGCAUUGGGCGAAGCCGAGGCCUUGAUAAUGAUGGCAGGAAGGAUGUUAAUCAGAGUCAUGGGACACGGAAUAUUGAUAGCAAACGAUGUGGAACUCUGGAUUUCUGAUUUAUAAUGCACUGUCAUUGAAACUCUUGUCAUUUGACAGAGCCAAUGAAAGCUAAGUCAUGCUUCCGUGAUUGUUGAGCAUUGUCCGCAAUGGCCUUGCAUAUGAUUAUUGGAAUUGAUGUGAAAUUUUCCUUGAAGGUGCAUGAAGGAUGGGACAGGGAAGUCUUUAUGGAAGUGGCAACGUGACUGCAUUAGAGUGCACUGGCCUUUUGCAUCCGCAGAUUUUGCUCCUAUUUAUCUAUCAUUGGGCAUAAUAAAUCUUUGUAAUACUUCUUUUCGGUAUUUGAUUUUACAAUACCAUAAUAUUUGUUAAUUGCUUUCCCCGAAAAGAAUUAUAUUCCUUGUUCUCA